CACGGACACGAGGGUAUGGAGACGGGGACCCACGGUGAAGAUGCGGAGGAGACACAGGACUGGGGACACGGGGGUGCGGUGACAUGGGGGCAUGCAGCCACGGGGACAUAGUGACACGGGGACACGGAGCCACGCAGACCUGGGGACACAGGCACGUGGUGACACGGUGACACCCAGCAAGCCAAGCUUGCUGUGUCCCUGCCGCAGGGUGCCCCCCACGCUGCCAUUCCAGAACGUGUCCUAGCGCCAGGGUGACAACGCGCUGGUGGCAGCACCCGGGUGACAGAGUGACACAGGGAGGUGGCCAUGCUGCGGCUGCUGGUGGCCAGUGCCCACGUCCCCGGGGCCACCGGCUCGGGGCUCGGCCUGCACGUGUCUGCCCGCUUCCGAGGUGUCCCCAGGGGAACGCGGGUGGUGCCGGAGGAGCGCAGCUCCACCUGGAAUGAGACGCUGGCAUGGCCACUGGGCGUGCGUCCCCUGUCCUCCACGGACACCAUAACCCUGCACCUCCGGCACUGGGGACAGCCAGCCCCCCGCGGGGACCUGGGUGCCACCACGGUGUCACUGGAACCGUUGGUGGCCGAUCCUGAGCUGCUGAUGUCCCUUAGCGAUGUCCCCUUGCUGGACACCCGGGAACAGCCCACGGGGUGCACCAUCACCCUCCGCUGCUCUUAUGUCCCCCGUGGCACAGCUGGGGACACCCCCGUCCCCCUCCAAGUCCAGGUGCCACCCCGGGCGGUGUCACCAGGGCCACUCCACCACCCCGGCAAGCCCCCGGAAGGGAAGAAAGAGGAUUUCCAGGUCCGGGUGAAGGUCAUCGAGGGCCGCCAGCUGCAGGGCAACGACAUCAAGCCGGUGGUGACAGUCCUGAUCGGGCAGCACCGCUUCAGGACGCGGAUCCGCGUGGGGAACAACCCCUACUACAACGAGGUGUUUUCCCAAGAGUUCCAGGGGACGCCGGCACAGCUGGUGGCAGAGCCCAUCCGCAUCCGGGUGUUGGACUCGCGGGCUCCCCGCGCCAAGGCCACGAUCGGCGUCUUCCAGCUGGACGUCGGCACCGUUUACCGUGCGCCGGGACACGGCCUGAGCGGGAAGUGGCUGAGCCUGCAGCACCCCGAGCGCCCCGACACCGGGUCCCGGGGCUACCUCCGGGUCAGCCUCCUGGUCCUGCGGGCUGGGGAACCGGCGCCAGAGCAGGAGGAGCUGGCAGGGGACGGGGACAUCGAGGCCAACCUGCUGCGACCUCCCCCCUGUGCCACCACCCUCCAGCUCCGUGUCUACCGUGCCGAGGACCUGCCACAGGCAGAGCCACCUCAGCAGGGUGUCCCCAAGGCAGGUGACAAGAGGGCUUUCCUGGCAGCCUCGGUGCGGGUCACCUUUGCCGGCAGGACGCUCUGCACCCAGGUGGUGGCCCCCAACCCCAACCCUGUGUGGAACGAGGUCUUCUUCUUCCCUCUCAGGCUGCCCCCCAUCUCUGAUGAGAUCCAGCUGGACAUCCUCGGCGGGUCCCGGAGCACCAAGGUCCUGGCCAGCACCACCCUGCACCUCUCCCACAUCUCCUCUGCGGGUGCUGAGCUGGAGGAGGGGACCCCCGGGUUCUUGCCCUGCUUUGGACCCACCUUCCUCCCCUUCUACGGCCCCCGGCCCGAUGCCACCAAGACCCUCAGCACCGCUUAUCGGGGCCGGGUGCUGCUGGAGCUCAGCACCCUGAUGGAGCCAUCAGAUGGGUGCCACCAGGGCACCAUCGCCCGUGAGGACAUCGCCCAGGAGCAGUGUCACCUGCCCCGCCACCAGUUUGGCCUCUGCGGGGUCUUUUAUUCAGCCACCAUGGUGCCACCAGGCCACCAGCUCCUGCGCUUCGAGCUCAGCCUCGGCCAUUCUGGGGACACCAGCGAUGUCACCUGCAAGCCAGCUCCUUCUGUCACCCCCUACGCUUGUCCCCUCUUCGAUGGUCACCGCUACCACUACCUGCCCUGGCAUGGUGACAAGCCCGUGGUGGCUGUCACCUCCUCUUGGGAGGACGUCGGUCACCGUUGGGAUGUCCUCAACCUCCUGGGUGGCCUGUGCCGGCGGCUGGAGAGGAACGUGAAGGAGAUGAGGGACACCUGUGGGGACACCCGAGGGGACAUCGGGAGGAGGCUGCUGAGAGAGCUGGCAGGGGACUGCAGGCAGGUGCUGGCCCAGCUGAAGGGGCAGCCCACUCCCACGCCACUCGACACCCACCUGAGGGCCACCCGCCUGCACCUCCUGCAGAGGGUGAUGGCAGUGGCCAAGAGGCCACCCAAGGUGGGCUGGGACACUUUGCUGGAGGUGGCCGAGGGCUGGCUGGGACGUGUGACAGCGCUGGCUGUGGAGCCCCAGGUCGGUGUCCCCGAUGCGGUGCUGUGGCUGCUGCAGGGGACACAGAGGGUGGCCUGUGCCCGUGUCCCCGCCCCUGACAUCGUCUUCUCCCGGAGCGGCCCCGGUGCCUCGGGCAGGCUCUGCGGCCGCAUCCACACCCUCUUCCUCGAGGGCCCCGGGGACGUGGGUGCUCAGGUCCGGCUGCGCCUGUGGCUGGGACGCGUGUCCGAGAGCGGGGACCUGGUGCGACACCUGGAGGGGACCCUGCGCGUCUACAGCGAAACCUAUGAAAACCAGACCAAGGUGCUGGGGAAAUGGGGAGCGCGGGGGCUGCUGGGGCGCCCCAGCUUCUCCGAUGGCGCCGGGCAAGCGAGACCCCCCCGGCACCUCAUCCAACCCCCCAGGGGAUGGCGCUGGGAGGGACCCUGGAGCGUGGAGCCCCAGCGGCGGCUGCUGCCGGACACGGAGACCAACGUGGGGCAGGUGCUGGAGGAGGUCUACGAGAACCAGAGCCGGCGGCUGAGGGGACAGUGGGGACCUGCCACCCCUGCCAGCACUGAUGCGAGCGGCUUGGAGGUGCCACCCAAAGAGGAGGUGGCGUGUCCCCAAGGUUGGCACGUCACCGAUGGCUGGAGAGUGGACAUGACGGGUGACGUGGACGAGGCGGGGUGGGAGUAUGGGGUGAGCGAGACCCCCGGCAGCCCCCCGCCCACAUGGCACCCAACUGAGAGGAGCACCCACACCCACCGGCGCCGGAGGUGGCUGCGCACCCGGCAGAGGGACCCCAGCACCCAGGGACAGGAGCAGGAUGUGAGCACCUUGCUCCAGCAGCACAGCCCCGAGGCCUGGGAGUACGGGACCCUCUGGGGCUGUCACUUCCACCCCCAGCCCCGGGUUGGGGACAUGUGGCGGCGGCGACGGUGGCAGCGGCAGAUGGUGCCCAAGGAGCCCCCCGAGGUGGCACCCAUCUUCCUGCUGGAGGAACCCCCGUGUCCCCAAACCCCUCCCGAGGAGCCCCCCCCCGGGAGCAAAGGAGCAGCGAGUCCGGUACCGGUUCCGCCCCACCUCGCAGCCGCCCGCACCCCUCAUCCUCUGCACCUUCCAGAAGCCCAUCUUCUUCCAGCUCCGCUGCUACAUCUUCCAGGGGCUGCAGCUGCACCCCCGCCCCUCCAAAACCACCGCAGCCAGAGCAGCAGGGUGCUGCCCCCCACCCUCGACCCCCUCUGGGACCAGACGCUGCUUUUCCAGCGGGUGCCGCUCUACGGGGACCCCCGGGAGGUCCGAGAUGACCCCCCCCCCGUAGUGGUGGAGAUCUUCGACCAGGAUAAAGGGGGUGCCGGGGGGGCCCUGGGGAGGAGCGUCUGCACCCCGGAUGUUUCGCUGAACGUGGGGCACCGGCAGCCCCCCCGGCUCCGGCGGUACCCGCUGGGGGGGCCGGGUGGGGAGGCCGGGGAGCUGCUGGCUGCCUUCGAGCUGCUGCACGACGCUGAGCACCUGCCGGAGGAGGAGGAACUCGUCCCCCCCCUCCGGCUGCGGGUGCUGGACACGAGGGGCUUCGGGUACCGCCCCCCGGUGGGUCAGACCUGUCUGCGGGGGCUGGCCCGGUUCGGCACCCACCCCCACGUCCAGGGACGGACCCGCAGCCCUGGAACCCCAAAAACUGAUUCCGCCACCCGCUGGGGCAGGAUAGCUCGGCUGCUGCCCCUGCUCACCAUCCAGGUGGGUACGGGAAAGGGGUCACCAGGGCCACCUCCCCCGCUGCACCCCGCUCCCCGCCAGCACACAGAGGAGGAGGAGGAGGAGGAAGGUGACUGGUGGAGUAAAUUCUAUGCAGCCGUGGGGGACAAAACAAAGAGCCGGCGGGGGACAAAGAGGGACAGGCUGAAGGUCUACAGCUGUGAGCUGGAGGCUGUGCCCGAGUUUGAGGGGCUGCAGGAUUUCUGCCAGACCUUCCCCCUCUACCAGCUGGGGGGUCACCCCACCCCAGAGGAGGACCCCGUGGGUGAGUUCAAGGGGCUUUUCUGUCUCUACCCCCUGCCCGAGGACCCCGAGGUGCCCCCACCCCCCCGGUUCUUCCAGGAUCUGCCCCCCAGCCAACCCCAGAAGUGUUUGGUGAGGGUCUACAUCGUCCGGGCCUUCAACUUGUCCCCUCGCGACAGGAACGGGCUGUGUGACCCCUACGUCCGCGUCUCGCUGGGGAAGACAACGCUGGGCCAGAGGGACCACUAUGUCCCCAACACCCUGGAGCCCACCUUUGGCAGGCUGUUUGAGGUGACGGGCACCAUCCCUCUGGAGAAGGACCUGAGGGUGUCCCUGAUGGACCACGACCUCCUGCCCCCCGACCAGGAGAUUGGCACCACCACCAUCGACCUGGAGAACCGACUGCUCUCCCGCUUCCGGGCCCACUGUGGGCUGCCCACCCGGUACCGCUGCAGUGGCCCCGGGGGGUGGCGGGACCAGGUCCCCCCCAGCCGGGCCCUGGAGCUCUUCACCCGCUCCCGGGGGCUCCCAGCACCCGAGUUCAGCGCCGAGGGCACCGCUGUCACCUGCGGGGACCAAACCUUCCUCCUCAGCCACUUCGAACGCAGCCCCCUCGGCCACCGGCCCCCCAGGGACUCCCGUGAGCGCCUGGCCCUGCACGUGCUCCACGCUUGUCACCUUGUCCCCGAGCACCUGGAGACACGCACCCUGUACAACAGCACCCAGCCCGGGCUGGAGCAGGGCAAGGUGCAGAUGUGGGUGGACAUCUUCCCCGUCAGCCUGGGGCCCCCCGGCCCCCCCGUGGACAUCACCCCCCGCAAACCCCAGAGGUACGAGCUGCGCUGCGUGGUCUGGAACACGCGGGACGUGGACUUGGCCGACGUCAACGUCACGGGGCAGCGGAUGAGUGACAUUUAUGUCACCGGGUGGAUGGAUGGGCUGGAGGAGCAGCGGCAGAAGACGGACGUUCAUUACCGCUCCUUGGACGGCUCUGGGGCUUUCAACUGGAGGUUCCUCUUCUCCUUCGAGUACCUGGUGGCCGAGCAGCGCUGUGUCCUGCCCUGCAAGGACCAUUUCUGGAGCCUGCACGAGACGGUGAGGAAGGUGCCCCCCAAGCUCAUCCUCCAAGUGUGGGACAAUGAUAAGUUCUCAGCUGAUGACUUCCUGGGGGUCCUGGAGCUGGAACUCACCCACCUCCCACGUCCAUCCCAGCACCCCCAGAGCUGCACCUCGACCGCCUUGGGGACCCCCCCGAAGUGGCCCUGGCAGGGGGUGCGGGUCCCUUCCCCCCUGUCCCUUUUCCACCAGAGGCGGGUGAGGGGGUGGUGGCCCUGCACGCUGGAGGAGGACGGCAAGAGGAGGCUCUCGGGCAAGCUGGAGCUGAGCCUGGAGUUGCUGACGGCCAAGGAAGCCGAGGAGCGGCCGGCGGGGAAGGGAAGGGAGGACCCCAACAUGUACCCCAUGCUGCCAGCACCCCUGAGACCCGAGUCCUCCUUCCUCUGGCUCCAGGCCCCGCUCCGCACCCUGCACUACGGCCUCUGGCACCGGUACCGCCGGCGGUUCUGCCUGGGCCUGGCUGCCCUCCUGCUCCUGGCCCUGCUCCUCGCCUUCGUCUACGCCGCCCCGGGUUAUUUGGCCAUGAAGUUGGUUGAUCCCCUCCAGGGCUUCAGCCACCAGCUCAGCAGCCAGCCCUGAGGUGGGACCCCCCCUCCAGGGAUGUCACCGUGGUGUCACCUCCUGAAUAAAGUCA